AUGGAAGACUCCGAGUUCUGUUUCUCACAAUUCAUGAUCUCAACUUGUUCUCCAGACACGCUUCUUCUGGCUCUUGCCCUUUUCACCAAAGACUCUUCUGGCUUCUUCCAUAACCUUCCUUCUCAUUACUUUGGUGUCACUAUAUGUGGGCUAUAUUCGGAGAUGGGGUUUAUAUUGGGCCUGAUUCUUCAGCUGUUGAAGCUCUGCAUCAUUGGUUUUGUUGUGGCAUUCGAAGGAUCUCAAGGGUCUAUGAUAUCCCCAUCUCCAGCAUUCCUUCCAGUCAUUCAUCCUAGUGGAGAAGCACCUGAUCCUAUCCAUCUUGGAUUGUCAUCGGGAAGCAGUCCAUCAAGAUCACCUUCAGAUCCAAAUGGGUUUGUUUUAUCCCCAUCUCCAAAAACCAUACAUGUGGAUCCUUCCCCCGCUGAAGCACCUAAUCUUGUACACCCAAAAGAACCAUGGAGAACCAUUGCACCAAGCCCUCAAGAAGUACCAAAUGGGUCAUUCUUGCCCCCUCUAGUAGUUACAUUACCACCUCCUAAAUCACCUCCAACUCCUGAGAAGACAAAAGAAUUUGAAUCAUCCAUAUCUCCUAGUCCUGGUUCAAGCACCAUAACAUCAUCACCGUCACGAUAUACUACUGCUCCUGGACCAUCAACUGCAGAAGGGAAUGUUUCACCAUCCAUACAACUAAGUCCACCUCAAAGCAAAACACCUACCGUUAGUCCUCCUGUUACCACACCAAUUGCUCCAGGCAAUUUGCCAAAAACUUCACCAGUCAGCCAACCAAUUGAACAUGGAAGUUUGCCUCCUAAGAUGGAAGAGAGGAAUAAGAGUCACAAGCCUGAGCCAGCUUUUCCAGCUGUAGUUCCAAUACCUUCUACGGAGUUGCCCAAAUAUUCACCAGCAAGCCAACCUACUGAAAAUGGAAGUUUGCCUCAUAGAGAGGUUGCAAAUAAUAGUCACAUCCCCGAGCCAAUUUCACCAGGCAUGUGA